AUUGUACAGCCAAGAUAUUGUAAAAUAUCUUGAGGUCCUUGUUUUACAGUGACCAUAGCUGUCCUUAUCUACCCUUGUAAUGUGUUGACAUUGGGAAACUAGUGACUUUGAAAGGCAAGUCUGCCGUAAAGUUUUACCAUGCAACACACCCAUUCGUAGAAGCCUCUACGAAGGUAUUUUUAUUUCAGUGAAUUUUAUGUUCUGUCACUGAAAAAUGGGCUUGAACUCUCAUAAAGAACAAAUCUCUGAGCAGAAGCAAUAUGUUCAGUAAUACCUCCACAGAUGACGUUUAUUACUUAACAGGAGAGCUCUGACUGGUGAGAGCCAUACCACACAGAUACCAUCAUAAGAGAGAUAUUUUGUGUAUUUUCAGGUUUUUGACCUCACUGGAGCUGGUCUGACUGAAGUUUAGGGACUGACAAGAUGCGUUCUAGUGUGGAUGGACCACCAAUCCCCCUUGGCAGGGCAGGCACUGGCAGCAACAACAAUAACAACAACAUCAGUGAAAACAGUGGAAACUCAGGUUCCCAGUAUGCACUGUGUGCUCUGGGGGUUGGACUUGUUGCCCUCGGCAUUGUGAUGAUUGUGUGGAGCGUCGUACCUGCAGACAUGGCCGGUAAUAGCAGCAGCAGUUCAGGACAUGGUGAGAUUGAUAGCAGGAAAAAUAAAGUAUCUUCGGUGGCCUUUGUCUUGGUGGGGUCUGGGGUGGUCAUGCUGCUGCUAUCCUUGUGUCUGGGAAUGAGGAACAAACAGCGGGAGCAGCUGAGACUCCAGGAGGCCCAGAACCACAGAGGAACGGCAGCUAGGGAGCAGGAGGAAAGAGAAACUGCUGAGGAACAAGCCCAGCGUUACGCUGUACCCACCUAUGAAGAGGCAGUAGGCAGUGGCCAGUACCCUGUCCGUCAGAGCAACCUUCGCCCAAGCACCUCCCAGCUACCUUCCUAUGAUGACCUAGUCCAAGUCGAUAUUGUACAGUAUGAAUUUGAGGGGUCAGAGGUCACAACUACCGGAUCACAGCCUGUUCCAGCUUCCAGUGCUCCCACUGCUGCUGCUUCCACAUCAAAUCGUAGGCCUGGGAAAAAUAGCCGUAAGCUCCUACCUAUCAAGAUCCGCAGGAUAAAAUCAGAGAAGCUACACAUGAACAACGUUGAUAACUCUCAGCCAGCAGUUGGAAUCAGUAUAGAACCACUUACCCCACCGCCGCAGUAUGAGGAUAAAGUGCCUCCAAUUUAAGAUCAAGCUGAUUGUGUUUAAAAACAAUCUCCUGAAGUUCCUGGAAUCCUCCAUGAUCACCUUUUGUGGAUCUGGAUCUGCCUUGUUAAGCCAUGACUUGAAGGUGGCUUCUCUUGCAGACUGUUCUCUGUGGUACUUUGUUAUAAAAUACAGUAUCUGUUCAAAUUCAUCAUUCAUGCCACAUCACUCCAAAGCACUGAACAGAGAAACUUUUUUGUAUUUUAUUUUAAAUUUUGGAUCUCAUUGGACCGCUGAAACAGAUACAGACAGAAAGGGACGGACAUAGUUGCUGGAUCCUUCCUUACUGUCACAGAUUCUGUCGCACUGUGGCACAUUGGGUUAAAAGCACACACCAAAUGCAGUUUUCCUUCAUGUCAAAGUAGUUUUCUGUUUAUGCAUUAUCUUUAUCUAACCGACACGAGUUGACAGUCGAAGAGAUCAUAGGAUAUCAAUGAGCGGUUAUAGUGAGGAUUUGUGUGCACACUUAAAUAGAUAUGUGCAGGGCAGGGCUCUUGUGAAGUAGCUGCCGUUUAGGCAGUUUUUCACCCUUUGAUGGCUUUGGAUUACUACUGCCAAGUUUACCAAAUGUAGGCUCCACGGUGAGUGACUGAGCAUUGUAUGUACUCAGCUGGUUUGACCUAAUGUGGUAUGCUACACAGAAACUCUCCCUCAUUAUCAACAGUAUUGUCUAUCCUGAUCCUCUAGAGCUUUGCAGCAAAUGAGAGACAAUGUUGAUAAAUGUAAAUUGGUGCUGGAGAGAAUCAACCUUGUUUUAUACAGAGCCGGAGUCCCGCCCCACUUCUGUGUUAGCUUCUGUUUUACUAGCUUUUGAUUCAGAUGGUUUUCUUUAUCUGUCUCCUCGAAAAACAUGGUACUUGGGUUUUCUUUACAUAUUCUAAUAUGGGGUUAUCUACUGGACAACACCAUUUAAGAAUUGUCUAUUUUUAACCAAUAUAAAACAAAGCCUUAGCAUUUAUCAGCUACAGCUCCCAUGACUCUAAGCCAUAGCAACUCUACCAAAACGUAAUGGGAAAUAUAGUUGUUGAAUGCUAACAAAAUAUCACUUGUUUUAUCUUAGUUAUAAUAUCAAGGCACUCAAAUGUUACUAUCUAGUACAGCAGUAUAUACAUUUAACAGGAGAGAAAACCCUAGUUUUAUGUUUCUCUUUAGAAAGACAAAGAGAAAAGAAACCCUAUAGCCUACAGUGUAUGGUCUGGCUAAGGCUGGUGGAAUGGAGGCUAGCUUGAAAAUGGGGUUAAGGUUGUGGGUAAUUCUUUACUGAGCAGGACAUGGUCCCAAAUCAGUAAAUUGCUGCAUUUAGAAACAGCCCUAAUAUUCCAUCAGUUUAUCAAUUUCUCGUGGCUAACGAGUUAGCAAACAGCUGCCUAGCUACAACUAGCAGCUACAGAAUCAAAUUACCAUGCCAUUGGAGUGGUGUUUCUGGCUAACUAAUAAAUGUAAGUCCGACUUUCACUUGGUUUUUAUCUCUGGUUUGGAUUCUACCAACUCCUGAUAAAAAUAGCUGGGUCUUCAGCUUGCUAAAUUCUAAACUCUCCUCUCUAUUAACUUGUUUACUUUGGCUCUCUGAUGCUUUGUGCUAGGCAGGUAACAUGUACUCAACAUGUCUCAACUCAACAUGCUGUUGUUAAAAAUUCUGUGAUGGAUUAAAUGGCUGAAAUCUAUAUUUACACUUACUAGUGCCCCUCUAAUGGUCACCAUUACGGUCACCAUUAGGUUACUUUUUAAGAGAAAUGACUUUCUAGGAAGAAUCCAUUUUCCAGGAAGUUAAGGGUCUCAUUUCGUGUAGUCUUUAAGGAGUGUUAAUGCUAACUGACUGCAGCUCUGAGUUUGCCUUCUAGUUGUACAAGACAUUAUACGACUAAACCUGAACUCUAAUGUUGUUCUUCUAAUGCAUUGUUGUUUUUAUGCUAACAGCGGGUAGAGGAGGAAGUAUGUGAGGGCAUGAUGGAACGAGCUCGUGAAUAGUUGAAAGCCUUUUCCCUGUAACCAUGGUGAACACUGUUGAGCUGUGAAGGCAAUAGUGUAUCCUCCGCUUCUCUUUAGGCUUGUUUUUGUCUUUACUCGAGAUGACCAACAGAAAGACUCUUUGACUGUGCAGCUGCACCAUAAUAACAGCAACUAUUGCUCACUCGCUUGCUCAUCACCAUUCCUCCAACCACAGGCUGCAGCCCUGUUUUCACUUCGACGUAUGCAGAGGAUGAGCAGAAAGAGAGGAAAGACAGCUCUAAGCUCUGUUCAGGGAAAGGUUUUGAGUUCCAUUACCAUACACUAUUUUAUCAGUAUCUGUCAACAAAUUCUUCUUCCGAUUAGACUUGUUUAGAUAUGAACAGCUGAAGCCAAAUAGAAGGACUUAUCAGUCAUUCAGUUAAAUGUUACAAAUUUUGUGAAGUUGCACAACUAAGAUUUUCUCCUCUGACUUCAUCACCCAGUUCUACACUGUGUUUGAGUAAAACUCAGUGUAGUUAGUGCAAGAAAGCUACUCAAUCAUUGUCAGCUGAUCAUAUUAUAUAUUGCCAGGUUUUCUAUCAACUAAAGGCAACAAGGUCAUUGAGUCAUUUCAGGUUUGUCAUUGGAAUUCACAACAGCUAUGUCUACAUUUUGCUGACUUGUUUUUUUAAGUUGAAACCUCCCACACAGUGUAGUCAUUCUUUAUUUUUUGUUAUGUUCAGUACUGCAGACACAGUCAUUGUACCUCAUUUGCAAAGGACCAGUUAACUACAUGAUUGAUUUUAUUACUAUGUAGUCAAAAUGUUUUACAUUGAUUAAACAGUGAGUGUUUUAAUUUAGCAGUCACUUUCUGUUUUACUUAGAUGAGUGCC